AUGGGCCGUGAGUUCAGGCCGCAGCCGUUCCAUGUCCUAGCAGGCCCCGGGUUGCGAACAGGCGAGCGUCUGGCAGUCGAGUUCGACGCAGCGAUAUUGGAUCUGGUCGCGCCGGUUUCCAAGAUUCAAGCCGAGUCUGUGGUCGAGUUUGAGCUUUGUCUGCAAGACUGGGGCUACAGGAGAUUGUCUUGGAGGCAUGCCCGUGCAUUUCUUCCGUCUGCUGCGGCCAUAGGCGUAGAAUGCGGAGCCGAGACUGGCGAAGACAGCGCAGACUUUGUGGUUGUGCUACACGCAUGUCCAGCCCUCUCCUUGUCAAUUCUACAGUGGUUGAUGACUUCCGGUCUGUCCAGUUUUCCGGCAUCUGAUGUCACAGUUCGAGGCCAGGAUAUUGGCCUCCGCUCCGGUAUGGGUGAUAGCAUUUGGAGGAUCGCCAGCGGUCUCCAGUCUCACGGAUACGAGCAGAUUGCGAACAUAGUGGCCUUGGUGGCCUGGCUGGAGGAAUGGCCUCCGGCUGAACCCCACAGACAGGGGCUCUGCGUCUCGAGCGGCGAGAUCUCUCCAGAGCUCCUGGAGCUUCAGCUUCAUAGUGUUUUGGCCUUGCUUGGUGAAGGUGGCUUACUCGCUGCGCUGUCUGAACACCAGGCUGUAGUGGACGGUUUCCGAAGUGUUGCUAUAGCCUGGAUUUUCAAGCUCCACUCUCUGUACGGCCUGGAAAUCCUGAGUCAGCAUGAGCGAGUGACCGCGAAAAGCGCCAGUCAUCUCUCGAUGCUGUCCUGGGAGCUCUUUCAAGUGGAGGAGCUGUUGCAGAGUCCCUUUUUCCGCCCCCAAGAGAUGAGCCUAUGGCGCUUUGCGAAGCGCUGGUGCGUGGAAGGCGCAGGCGCACCAGCAUUCACGGAGGAGUCGGAAGACGCAGAAGGCAAGGUGGAGGUGCUUCCGUCACCCAACAAGGACGAGAUCGAUGGGGCGUUUUCCAAGGUCUUGCUUUGGGAUUUACUCCCGCCCAACGAAGAGCUGGUCGUGCAGUUUGCUGCCGCACAAGCUGCGGCACCGGCAGUCGAGGGUGAGCUUGGCACUGGGCGGUUCGUGAGUGCCAGCUUCUGGGGAUACGGCGCUGACAGCAUGUCGGGUCAUGCUCUUCGCACCGACAUCCGUGACCAUGAACGUCGCAUGUUGGUCGGCUCGAAGGCCCCGGCUCGUUUGAUAUACCUGGACCUGUCCCGCGCGCAGAAUCACCCUGCUCUUAGCGGAGAAGAUCUCAAGAUGUUUUUGUUGCAAAGCGUGCCACAAGUGGCAGUGGAUGCAAUCCUCAAGGGCUUCCUGACGGACUACCCCACCGUGAUCGGCUUUGUGGUCAUCAACUCGGACGGCAUCCCCACAAAGUGGCACGAGAGCAUGCCGUAUGAGAGGGCUGUCAUCUAUGCCGCCCUCAUGUCCGACUACAUUGCCCACUGCAAGAAGUGCUUGAAGGAGCUCCUGACUGGUCCUGCGGAAAGCGAGCUCGCCAAUGUACGCUUGAGAACCCGCGAGGGCACCGAAAUCAUCUUUGUCACCCUGCCAGAGUACACGCUGGCCGUGAUCCAACCUUACAUGACCGACAAGAUCUUGGUGAUCGUGUCUGCUGGAUUCUGCUCGCUAGUGUUUUGCGUCUUGCUGCCGUUGCAUUCAAUUGUACUGGGCCUAGCCGACAGCGUGUUCGAGCAAUACCUCGAAGCCAAGGUGGUGGAGGCGAAGGAGGCGCCUGAGCCCGUCUGCCCGACCGAGCUCUCGACAGGCGACCCAGAGGCAGAGGAAUUCCAGGAGCCGGUCGAGAAGUCAAAGGCUUCUCGGCCCCGUCGAGUGGACGGUUCCACCUUCGUCCGUGCUGAGCGACGUGCAGACUGCGUUCUCAAACCCUUCGAGGACGCAGAUGCUCUGCAUCUGAGUUAUGCCGAUGACUCUACGAGCCUGCACUGUUGGAAUUCAGCGCAAGAGCUGCAGGUUUUGGGAGGUUCGAGACAAGUUCUUGUCUCCACUGUGCCCAUGACCUCGGGAGGUGGCGGCCGUUUUCGAUUUGACUUCCGCUUGAGCUCUGGGAGUGGUGCAGACGCAGCCCCUUUGUUUGAGUACAUGCGACGAAGCAGCCCGCAGUGGGAUCUUGCCGCCAUGGCAGCCGAAGGCGCUCCACGGUGGCGAGACAGAGGCUCGGGCCCUCGAGCUCCUCCAGCUCCUCGCUUACCUUGGCGUGGGCGCACCCGAGAAGCUGCAGAACACCAUGGGACGCACAGCCAUGACCCUUGGGACCCAUGGAGCAUUGCAGCUGGUCGUAAUCCCUGGAGCAGUGGUGAUUUCGGAGAUCCUUGGAAUGGCUGGGCAACCCUCGACAGCGAAAACCCAUGGGAAGACUCCUGGGAUGGGUUUGCGGUUCAUAGUUCUGAUACACGGCCGUUCUUCUUCGCACCGUUGAAUGAGCCGUUGAACGUGCCGCCCCCAUCGGUACCAGUCCAUUCGCGCGAACCAGGCCAGCUUGGCCCCUGGCGAGCGACGUCAUCAGGCAGCCAGCCAGGCACUGGCGUCAAUGUCCGCAACCUGCCGCGACAUGAUGUUCCGAUGCCUGCCCCGAGAAUUGCCUUCACCGAAGCGACCCGUCAGGAUAUGGGCCAGAGCUCAUUGGAGACGACAUGGAUGGGCUCUUUGCGUACAGAGGAGCCGGUCAUUUUGCCACCAAGAGCUCCACCGCCGUCGAUUCCUCCUCCUCGUCCACCGUACUUCGAGAUGUCGCAGGUUGUGUUUCAUCGCGGCGAUAGCUUUGGUCAUGGCCGGGACCGGGACAGUUUCGUGUCCGGUCCUCCGCCUGGUGCUCCGAUUCCUGGCCCGGUUCCACCGAUUCCACCUGGACUUGUCUUUCCCGGAGGUGUUGGCCUCGGCGUUGGCGUCACUGUCUGGGACAUCGGAAGUGUUGCCUCCUUGAGCUCGACCCGAUCUUUGGCGAGGGGAGUGAUCGAAGCCCACACAGCACUUUACACCUUCAAGCAGAAGGAUGUGCGAGGGGAGGCUUGUGAUUCUGCAUCAAAGAAGUGCUGUAUCUGCUUGGAGGAUUUCGUCGAGGGGCAGCAGCUCCGCAUCCUACCAUGCUUUCAUAGGUACCACCAGUGCUGCAUCGAUGAGUGGCUUUGUCGCAGCGACGAAUGUCCGUUGUGCAAAUUCCGUAUCACAGCGGACGACACAGCUUUGAUGGAUUCCAUUGAAGUCUCAUCUCACGGCUCGGCCACGCCACGAUCACCACCGCUCGCCACCAUCGAGAGCGGGAGCGAAGCAACCGAGGAAUCGGUACAGGGUAGAGAUCGCUUUUGGUCGCAUGCAGUGGGGGUGAAUGAUGCAAUUCACGACGACGACUUUCUCAAUGCUGGGGCCUGGCCGCCGCUUCGAGAUGAACGGCAGGCAGGCUCGCCUUCGCCGGCAUUUAUAGAGCGGACCUGGGAUCGCUUUGGUGGAAUCAACACGCAAGUCUCGAAUCUCACUGCUGCCAUUCAAGCAGAAAUGCAUGAAGCACCUGGAGCUCAUCAG